CAGCAGAGUUUCAUCCAUGGAGAGUUUCAUCCAUGGAGAGUUUCAUCCAUGGAGAGUUUCAUCCAUGGAGAGCUUCAUCCAUGGAGACAGUGUCAAAUGUAAGGGAGAUGGUUCGGUCACCAUGCUAACCUUGCUUGAGGCCUUAGGCUUGGGAGAUCGUUUGAUUCCAUAAAGUGGGCCACAACUGAGUAAGUAAAGUUUUUACACCUAAUGGUGCUACGAUGCUCUGAGAUACGUACUUUUAAUUCACGCUUUGUUUUACCCACAUCAUUUUUACCACAAGGACAUGUUAUAAGAUAAAUAACUGCCUUAGUGGAGCACGUGAUAACUCCUUUAAUUGGGAUCUGUUUCCCUGUUUGGGGGUGUUUGAAGGAUCUUAAUUUAUAAGUGCCAUUGCAUUGAGCACAGCCUUGUAGUUCCCAUCCAGUAGAGGCGCAAAUAGAUGUUGUGCAGGGAUAUCUUAGGGGUGGUAAAUCUGCCCCAUUACGAUGACUACAUGGUUUGUCCUGUUGUUUCCCAGGGGUUGUUCCAAAGUCCAGGCACCAUCAUGGGUCACGUAGUGCGUAGUCGAGGAACCGAUCAGAGAUCCACAGAGCUGCUCCGCUGUCUACAGGAGAUGCCCCAGACCAACUGUGCCAAUACCUGCCACACUGGAGGCAUGGUGAAGCUGGAGAGAGAAGACGAGCUGGAGCUGGUGAUCCCAGAUCGACCCCAAGCCCAGGUCUCCAUGGAAGCAGACUCAACCUUCUUUGGCAUCAUGCGGCUGAACUGACGACCAGGAGACACAAGUCACCAGCAGGAGGUGUGGGACUUGAUGUCAUGGACAGGAUGAUGUCCUCCUCUGACUGGAUGAUGUCUUAUUGUUGUAACAACUUUCAUCCAUGGAGAGUUUCAUCCAUGGAGUGUGGAAGAUGGCUGGGAGCAGAAAUGUUAUUUUUCUAAACUAUUUUAAUAUGAAUAAUCUGACAAUAUGAAAUCAACUUUGAAUGCUGUUGUGCUGAGUACGAGUGGUGUCCAGCGUACAUUAAAUGUUUGGUUUCCAUGUGUGUCGAUAGUUGAAGUGUAAUAAAGUAUU